CGCAGUUAAGUUGCAGAGAACAUUUCCAAUGACAUUCAGUUUUCUACAGUAUAUAUGUUACUGAAAAGCGACGAUUAUACCCAAGAGAAAACAGGGAACUUUACUUGCUAAUUGUGGAUUCACAAAACAACCCAAAUUGGCGAUCUGACUGUUGCUGCAAGCGGUUGCCCUGCUGACAGUUCAGCUGCUGACCCGUCUGCCUGGCCUGCCCCUCACCACCAGCAGUGCUAGCUCUCCAGAGGAAGAGGCUGGUCCCCCUGUGACCCCAGUCGGCACCGAUCUACCGGCUAACUGGACCAGCCAGCAGUGGACAGAGUGGGAAAAACGUCCACCCCGUGGCUUUUCGUUAAGAAUGGAAACUUGGGAUGCACCGUGUGCAGAGAUGCAAAGUCUUCUGCUGUCAGAAAAAGCACUUGGCAUGCAUUUAUCUGAGGAGUGGAUUAAUGGAGAUAUCAAUUGUUAGCAUCACCAGGAGACAUCAGCAUGCAUUUGUUCUGAAAGGACCAGCUGAACAGUUUUAAAACUGUUUUUAAGAGUCUUGCCUUCACUGAACAAUGACUGGAAACCACAAUGGUGCUGCUAUCCUCAAAGAUGUUGUUGCCUUUGUUGACGUAUGGUCAUCCAGUAAGAAUGAAAAUUAUUCCAAAACGUUUGCUCUGCAGUUAAUGGAUAUGGGAGCAGUGGUAACAAAAACCUUUAACAAACAAGUAACGCAUGUAGUUUUCAAAGAUGGUCAUCAGAAGACAUGGCAAAAAGCGAAAAAGACUGGUGUGAAGCUUGUUUCAGUUCUUUGGGUGGAGAGCUGUAAAGAAAGUGGUCAACGUGCUGAUGAGAGUUUGUACCCUGCUGUGUGGGAUGAGUUCAACAAAAGAACGCAUCGAUGCAUGCAACCGACGGACAAAAAAGUCAGGACCCCUCAAAAUGACAAGCGAAUGCAGAGGAAGCUCGACAGAAUGAUAAAAGACCUGAAUCUUCCUAAAUCGCCUAUUGCCACUAGUUUUCCGUCUGUGAUCUUUGAUGAAGAAGGCACGCUUGUGUACAACCCUACACUUGUGAAGAGGGCAGAUUCCAUGGCAAAACGGCUAGACGAGAUGAAACAAAAAAGAGAGAACCUAUCCCCCACUGCCUCACAGAUGAUCGAGUCCGGCUCAUCACAGUCUUCCCAUAGACCGUCCAUUGGAAAUUCUCCAUCAGGUUCUUUUUUCCAAAACCUAGAGGAAGAAAGUGCUGAUUUGAAUUCUUCUUUUGGUGACCUGUUUGGUGGUUCUUUAAAAAAGAAUGAGAAAGAAUUGCCAAAAGAGACACCCACUUCUAAUGCGGGCAUUGAAAGUAAUGAUGAAUCACAGGAGAGAAAUAUUACUUGUUCACCUCCAAUAAAGAAGCCUAAAAGACACUCGGCCAGAGUAAAGUCGCAGCCAAAAAGUACAGCCUUUUCAAACAAGGAUACAUGUGAUGGAAAGCCCAGUGAAGAAGACAAAAGGCAGAAAUCGAUUGAAGAAAGCAACCGUAGAGUAUCUCUGAACAUGGAAGAAAACGACAAUGGUAGCAAAUUGAACUCUGUAGUGAAUUGUUCUACUGCUGUAGAUGUUUGCACAAAUAAGCUUACAUGCAAAAAAGAAACGACAGAUAACAAUAUAUCUGUAGUAUCACCCCGGGAAUACUCUACAUUCGUGAAAACCUCCGGCAAACAAAAAAAGGGAUCUAUCAAUUCUGUCAUGAAGACUCCAAGCAAAUCUUUAGGUUGCUCACCAUCCAAGGAUGAACUGGAGUAUGAGGACUAUUUCUAUUCUGCUAAUGUUCGGAAACAUGACCCCUGCAUAAGACGGUCUUCCUUAGGAAAUUUGUCAUCUCGGUCGAUUUCUUUUCCUCAGUUUGUACUGGAGCAGCCCCCGGGGAAGAGAAAGAGAUCAGACGAGGAAAAUACAACAGGGUGUGGAAGUAAAAGUUCAGCUGGUGAUCAAAGUGUCAACAGUUUUGAAAUGUAUAAGAACCAGACACACAGAUGCAAUGAGAAGAAAUUGAAAAUGGAACAAAAGAUAAAGGUGACAAGAACAUUAGUGAUGACAAGCAUGCCUAGUGACAAGCAGAAUGUAGUCAUUCAAGUCGUGAACAAGCUGGGAGGCUUCUCUUUCACGGACACUGUGUGUGAAAGCACUACUCAUGUGGUGACUGGCCAUCCCCGGCGUACUUUGAAUGUUUUGCUUGGGAUAGCCAGAGGCUGCUGGAUCCUGUCUUUUGAAUGGAUCCUGUGGUGUCUGGAACGUGGACAGUGGAUACCAGAGGAACCAUAUGAGCUGUCAGAUCAGUUCCCUGCUGCUCCUAUCUGCAGAUUGCAACAGCACCUGUCAGCAGGCGAGCACCAGCAGGACCUGUUCGCGAGGCAGCCAGUGAUGUUCAUCUCCCCGCUGAGUCAGCCGCCCUGCGGGAGACUGGCUGAGCUCAUCCUGCUGUGUGGAGGGAAGGUGUGCAGAACUGUCAGGCAGGCUGGGAUCUGCAUCGGCCACCACAAGGGCAAGACGGCUCCCGGGACCCACUGUUUGUCUGAGCAGUGGGUACUAGACUGUAUAACACAUCUCAAGCAGUUUCCAUAUGAAAACUAUCUCCUGGAAUAGAAGGACCAUUUCUUCAGUACAUGAUUGUAGAUGUCUUUGUCCUCUGGAACAUUCUGUUUUGCUUUUGAAACUUUUUAAUUUUAUAAUAGCACAAUAAACCGUUUUUAAUUAUUGUUAAGAAAAUUAAAUGAAUAUUUUCAGCACUGGAAGAACAUUUGGUGUGGAUAUUUUCAAUAAA